UUCACUUGCUGCACCCGAGCUUACUUCUUGCAGGAUAUUAUUAAUCAAAGACGAGAAGCAUUCCUUGUGGUUUAUAUUUCCUUCAACUUGACAUAUAAAAGAAGAUAAAGCACACAUUGAAAUAAAUAUCUUGGAAGAAAAUGGGAACUCUGCACGUCCCUAUUUGUCGAUGGAUGUUAGCGACAUUUGUCGUUUUUGGCGCAUUGCGGCAAUCCAAAUCAUUCAAUUUCACAAGUAAGCCUGCCGAUCCUACUGUUGUUGUGGAAGGAGUCAAUAGCACACAAGUUCACCUCGUUUGGAAUUUCACUGCCACUACAGGUUUUGGGAUCAUCAUUACAAGAGAGAAAUCCGAUGGAACACAAAACAUCCAAAUUGCAACGCUUGGCCUUGGCAGUGCCGCGUUUGUGAUAUCGAACCAGGUCGCGGCCGAAUACGAAGCAAUUCCUCCCGGAACGCUGGUGAUAAAGGAGGUCACGAGAAAUGAUGAAUGUGUUUACAGCUUCGCUGUGCUAAACUCUUUUUUACAUCGGGAACUUUUUGACAGCGUAGCUAUUGACGUGCUUUGUGAGUAUAUCAAACAACUUUGGAUGUGUUCUUUUAUACCUGGGCUUUUUCAUUGUUUACCUUAGUUCUAUCCAUAGACGUUAUUAACGAUACCGUAGGCUUAUAAAACUGCAAGGUACACAAGCUCGUUAAAACCUUUGCUUCAUAAUUUUAGUUGCAUGGACCACAAACUCCGUUCUAAUUAUCUGAUUGCCUUGUCCAUCUUUAAUCUGCAUUUCUUCCCCGUACAAUGGAAGCUGGCCAGCCGUUCUGUUAUUCAUAUGCCUGUUUUAAUGUUUACGAAGUAGGCCUCAAGCAUAUUCAACUUAUUAAUCGUUAAUCCGCUUUAAUCUUUAAAUGUGUAAGUCCUCGACGGAUUUUGUGCCCAGUAACGUCGGAGGGAGAGCAGAUUUUGUAAGUUAGAUCAGAAGAUCUAGAAAACUCACUUCUGGCUAAUUUGCAUUUAACAGCAUACAUGUUUAAUAGCCUUCAAUAGCCAGCUUUAAGUCAGUUUCUGUUAACUACUUUGUUUCCUUUUAUAAGGCUUUUUAUGAUCUCAAGAUUUUUAUACUGCGGUUGUUUGGAUGUUUAUUAGACUGUGUGUAUUGCGGUAUGAAAUUCAAAGAGUGAUGGAGCUUGUGUUUGCUGUAAUCUAAUAUGGCUGAUAAUCAUAACAUCUUCACUUGAAUCAUUUAUAUUGCACCUGGAUAAAUUAUGAGUUGUUUUGUCCUAAAUUAGGGGAUAAAAUUUUAUUUGCAUUGUCAUGACUACACUAUGGCACUGCUGAACAAAUUAAAACCCAUGGAUUUUUUUAGUUUAAAAUGAAUGUGGAAAAAAAAUUUUCUAGUAGUUAUGAUUUGUAUGAGGUAAUUUUAUUCCUCUUGCUUUAAUUGUGUUCAUUCUUGUAAAGCAGUGAUGAGUGACAAAUACUCUUUCAACAC